CAAAUCCGCAGUGGGAGACAGAGAGGCGGCCAUGCCAACUUCUUCUUCGCCUCCUUCUUCAUCAUCUAUGGUUGUAACGCUAGCGAUACUCGUACUCUUCUUCCAUACAUGGGCACCAAAAGUGUACGUAGAGGCUCUGAAAGUACCAUUUCACCCUCAGGAUGCGCUGCCUCUUUUACCAAGGCAGGUUUCAUGGCCAAUCCUAAACUCUCUUAAUGGCGCCGUUGAUCUCCUACCAACCUUCGUCGGCGCUGCCUCCUCCCCUAACGACACCGUCGAGUGGAAAGGCGCUUGCUUUUACAAUAACACGGCGUGGAUGGAGUUCCACAACAAGAGUGGCAGUGAAUUCGGUGGAGGAACGCUUCAUAUCAAGGUUAGCAAUGCUCAUAGUUGGACAUGUAUGGAUCUUUAUGUCUUUGCAACUCCGUAUCGUGUUACGUGGGAUUACUAUUUCCUUUCUCGGGAGCAUACCCUAGAGAUUAAGGAGUGGGAAAGCAAAGCUGAGUUUGAAUAUGUGAAACGCAAAGGAUUGUCAAUCUUCCUCAUGCAUGCUGGGAUGUUAGGAACUCUUACUGCACUGUGGGAUGUCUUCCCUUUAUUUACAAAUACUGGAUGGGGUGAAAGCUCUAAUAUUGGGUUUCUUGAGAAGCAUAUGGGGGCAACCUUUGAAGAACGUCCUAAUCCGUGGGUGACAAACAUCAGUGUUGAUGAUAUUCAUUCUGGAGAUUUUCUUGCGAUAUCAAAAAUUCGUGGACGGUGGGGUGGUUUUGAGACAAUGGAAAAGUGGGUUAGUGGAGCUUAUGCUGGUCAUACUGCUGUUUGCUUGAGGGAUUCUGAAGGAAAAUUAUGGGUUGGUGAAUCAGGACAUGAAAAUGAAAAGGGAGAGGAUAUUAUUGCCGUAUUACCAUGGGAUGAAUGGUGGGAGUUCGAGCUCAAUAAGGAUGAUUCCAAUCCCCACAUUGCGCUUCUUCCUUUGCAUCCUGAUGUACGAGCCAAGCUCAAUGAAACUGCCGCAUGGGAGUAUGCACUGAGCAUGAAUGGAAAGCCUUAUGGUUAUCAUAACUUGAUAUUUAGCUGGAUAGAUACGAUUGACAGAAACUAUCCGCCCCCAUUAGAUGCUCAUCUGGUUGCUUCUGUGAUGACGGUUUGGAAUCAAAUACAGCCUGCAUAUGCUGCUAACAUGUGGAAUGAGGCAUUAAACAAAAGGCUUGGAACUCAGGGUCUAAGUCUUCCAGAAAUAUUAGUGGAGGUUGAAAAACGUGGGUCAUCUUUUGAUGAAUUGCUGACAAUUCCUGAACAGGACGACUGGCUAUACAGUGAUGGAAAGUCAACUUCUUGUGUAGCUUUCAUUCUUGAAAUGUACAAGGCGGCAGGGCUCUUCAAUCCACUUGCUAGCUCUAUACAAGUCACUGAAUUUACGAUCAAAGAUGCUUACUCCCUCAGGUUUUUCGAAAACAAUUCAAGCCGCCUGCCCAAGUGGUGUAAUGAUGGAGAUACGGUGAAGUUACCUUUCUGUCAGAUUCGAGGGAAGUAUCGGAUGGAGCUUCCAGAGUACAAUACCGUGGAUCCAUACCCCCAUAUGAAUGAAAGAUGUCCAUCUCUGCCUCCAAACUACAUCAGGACACAGAACUGCUAAACUGUUUCAACAUCCAUCCCCUCUGACGUGUUACCCUUUGGCCAUGGUUUACACAACACCAAGUUCCUACACUGUAAAGGGACAUUCUACAGUUCUGUCCCUGUUGGCUACCAAUGAGGAAGGUUGACAGGUAUUGAUUGUAAAUAUCGCGAUCUGCUGAAUCUGGUGUUAAAUUGUUGUGCAAGGUACAUGUUAAAAGAAAAUAGAUUGUAGUACAGAGAUCAUAUAUGGAAAUUGUUUCAGAAAUUAUUUCUUAA